AUGUUUGAUGAUUUGAUACUUCUAGCUAAGGGGGGUAUUACUGUAUAUCAUGGAUCAGUGAAGAAAGUUGAAGAAUACUUUGCAGGUCUUGGGAUCAAUGUCCCUGAGCGUGUUAAUCCUCCGGAUUAUUUUAUUGACAUUCUUGAGGGAAUUGUAAAACCAGCCACAAGCUCUGGUGUGAACUACAAGGAACUUCCUCUCAGAUGGAUGCUGCAUAACGGGUACCCUGUACCACCAGACAUACUAGAUGCUUCAGGAGUGGCAGCAUCCUCAAUUGGAGGAAAUUCAGCUCAAGGAAUAAAUUCAGGUGCUGCUGAGUCUGACGGGCAGUCUUUUGCUGGAGACCUAUGGACGGAUGUGAAGACUAAUGUUGAAUUGAAGAAGGACCACAUACAACAUAAUUUCUUAAAGUCCAAGGACUUAUCUAACCGGAGAACUGCCGGAGUAUUCCAGCAAUACAGAUAUUUCCUAGGAAGAGUUGGUAAGCAGCGGCUACGAGAAGCGAGAAUACAAGCAGUAGAUUUUCUGAUUUUACUGAUAGCUGGAAUCUGCUUAGGAACACUUGCUAAAGUGAGUGACGAAACCUUCGGGGCGUCAGGAUAUAUGUACACCGUAAUUGCAGUUUGUAAGUUUGAAACCUUGUUAUUCUUUGCUCUAUCAUGCUCCUUGUCUCUUCUCAGCAAAAUUGCGGCUUUGAGAUCAUUUUCUCUGGAUAAGUUACACUAUUGGAGAGAGAGUGCUUCUGGCAUUAGCAGCCUGGCUUACUUUCUGUCAAAGAAUACAAUUGACCAUUUCAGUACAAUUGUAAAGCCGGUUGUUUACCUGUCGAUGUUUUAUUUCUUCAACAACCCAAGAUCUUCCUUCUGGGAUAAUUAUCUCGUAUUAGUUUGUUUGGUGUAUUGUGUGACUGGCAUAGCUUAUGCACUUGCCAUCUACCUUGAACCUGGCCAAGCCCAACUGUGGUCAGUGUUGCUUCCCGUGGUUCUGACUCUCGUUGCAAACCAGGAUACAGCAGAAGGAGGGUUUUUGGGAACAAUAGGAAACUUUUGCUAUACUAAGUGGGCUAUGGAAGCAUUUGUGAUAACAAAUGCGGAAAGGUAUUCUGGAGUGUGGUUGAUUCAAAGAUGUGGUUCACUACAAAAAAAAGGUUUUCAGGUCCGACAUUUUAUUCCUUGUUUAGUAUACAUGUUGCUUACUGGUUUAGUUAGCCGUGGUGUCGCAUUCUUCUGCUUGGUAACAUUCAAGAAGAAAUAGUCCUGCUUGUGAUUCUCUUCUCCCUGCCCUUUCGUAUAACCAUGGAAGCACACAACUUUAGAGACUGAAAUUUUUGAAGAAUUUUGCCCAAGCAUUAGAAGACUCUGCAAAGGUUGGUGCCUCUUUGGAACCGUUGCUGAAGAAUUCUGUAAAUCACAACCUGAUUCAUAGAACUGUGUAGGGGUCUCGGACUAUGAGACCCUUUACAUGAUUAAGGUAGUUCUUUUGUCUGAUCGUUUUGUUGUCCUAUAUUAAUUUCUCUGUAAGUGGUGAAUUGUCUCAGGAACUUCAUCG